CGGCAAGUCUAGGUAGGAGCCCUUCAAUAAUUCACUUUCAUUCUCCCACUGUAAAAAAAACAACAGAGGUCUGAUCUUCACCUCCUAACUGAUGAUGGUGAUCCAGUGGGUUUCACAUUUUUCGUGCUUCCGUCCCGGGCGAAAAAACCGACACGGUCCGUUCCCAGAUAAUGUCUUAAUCGACAUUCUGAGCAGACUUCCGGCCGACGCUAUUCUGCAGUGUCGCAAGGUGUGCAGGCACUGGAGGGCUCUGACUUCGUCGCGUGCUUUCGUCAAGGUGCAAAACCAAAGAGCCCCCUCCGUUGUUGUGGUGCAAGGUCAACGGCUCGGGUUGCUCGCCAGAAGAGAUUAUUUCGUUUACGAUGCGCUCGCCAAGAAGCUGAGGAAGAUUCCCUUCAAGUCUAAGCUCGGCUUCGUGGGCCGUGGCAAAACGUUCAAGAACAAGACGAUUUCUCUGCACGGUGCCUGUGGCCCCUUGCUACAUAUUAAGGCUUCGGGGUACUACUACUUGUCCACGGGGUUAAACGACUUCGCUUUCAACCUCAUCACUCGACAACUAGUAGCUGUGAAUACGAGGAACGACGACUACGUGUGCGGGUUAUUCUUUAAUGAGGCGAGAAAUGAAUACAAUUAUCUAUGCUUGCGUUGGCUUCCUGAGAAGUCGGCUCGGUUUUACGUGUACGGUUUAGAUUCCCGCAAAGAUGUGGAGAUUGCAAGUAGCCCUUUCUCGUUUGGGUCGUGCUCAGACAGAAGCCCAGUCGUCGUGAACCAAGUCGUGUAUUUGGUGGUGGACCGUAUGGAGCAGGACGUAAACCACUGCAUGCAUGCGAUACUCGUGUUUGACAUGGAUUCUGGAGAGUUCUGCAACAUACCUCAUCCAGAAUUUGAAUGCCCCGGUACAAGACUUCAUCAUUUUGGCAUGUAUUUGUUUGCUCGUGAUGGCCAUUUGUGUCUGUGCCGUAGUGACACGGAACGGGGGCUACUCGACAUAUGGACUUUGGAGGACUACGCAAACUGGUCGUGGGUCCCACUGGGUUCUACGAUUAGUCUCCGUAUCCCGAAAGGCCCUGAGGAGGCGGCUCGUUUCGCAAUCCUUAGCGUACGAAAGGAUGAGUUGUUAGUGUAUUGGGAUUCGUCUCUAUUUCUCGUCAACUCGAAGGACGAAAGCGUUGAAGAAAUAGAAAUGCCGUAUAAAGGGCGUUUCCGUCUUUCUUUUUUCGCUUACCGGAGCACGCUCGCGGCUCCGCAUCUAGUUAGGGACGGAGGGAAAUCUCCUCUUUUCCGUCUCUAAUAAGUGUGCCAUAAACUCACACCCUCAUG